AUGGCUUCUGACAUUAUUUUCCUCAAAGAUGAGAAGCUCCGAAUACUUGCCGCCAGCAUUCAUGGAAUUGAACAUUGGAGUGGUGGAACACUCAACAAGUAUAAGAACGACACCGUUCGGGGUCCCAUUGCUGCUCUCACCUUUACUUAUACCGAGACAUGCCUUAACAAUGAGCUGCAGAUCUUCAACAACUACACUCUCCGGAGGGACUACCUUCACAAACCCACCUCCCAUCUCCAAAACCUUAUCCAAGAAUUGGAUGAUCUGGACACUUCUAACUCCGCCGAUGUCGUUGCUCUCACCGAUCAAAUCGUGCAUUACAACGAGGCUGUUAUCAACUACACCAAGAUGACCCAAAACAAUCGUGCUUCCCAAGAAUUCUCUAGGCGUCUCAGGAACAGCGGUAUCGAUUUCCAACCUUCGUAUCAGGCAAAUCUGGGAUUUUCUGGACCAUUUGAUAAGCUGACAGACGAACAAAAGCUGCUGGUGUAUGAUGCACUUAUAGAGGCUUCAGGUAGGGGAAAAGUAGUGCAUGAUAAAGUGGUAAAGGGUAUUGCUUUUCUAGCAAGUUAUAGAAGCGAUGCUGUGAAAGAUAUAACCAACAAGGAUGUUACUGGCAAAGCAAUGCUCCUCAAAAAUGCGGCAACCAUAACUUGGGAUGUAUACACAUCGGACCACCCAAUCAGAACCGCGACACGCAAUGCCAUCGUGGAAAUAGCUAAGAAGGGAGGGGCAUUAUUGGAAGACAUUGCCACGGCUGCCAUGGUAACUUUAGAAGUUGCAGAGGCAACAAGUCUGUUCGUUGGAUUUGUGGCUGGGUUUAUUGGGGGUUAUAUUGUUGGUGAAAUUGCUGGCACUGUUUUCGAUGCAAUUUUCGGCUCCGCAGGGAAUGAUCCUCUGCCUAAUAAAGACUUUCUCUUUUAUGUGGCUACAAUGCCUGAUGGCAAAGAAUUGGCCAGAAUAAUUGCCUGA